UCUGUGGAUAAAAAUAAAAAUCGGAAUUUUAAUCGGAAUCGCAUCAAUUAAAUUUUAUGCUCUAAUUCUAAUAAAAGAUUCAUUUCUACUUUAAAAUAAUAUUGAUAAUGUACAAAAUUGUAUGGGAAAUUAGCGUCUUUGUUGUGGUUAAAAUAUUUUACCUUUCAAAUGUUUAGUAGUAAAGUGCAGCUUCAAAAACGAACUCCUGCUAAUGGAACUGACCGCGAAGGCUAUUUAUCGUUGUUAGUAGAUGAGUACAUCAAUACAGAUUCUUUCGAAUCCAAAUGCCAAGUGCUGGCAAAUUUAGCAAAUUUUGCCUAUGAUCCAAUCAACUAUGGUUUUAUAAGAGAUGUUGGAGUAUUGGACAUCUUCAUAUAUGUGUUGAAGAAUGAAAAAAAUGAUAAACUGCUACAGUUUGCGGCAACUGGCAUCUCUAAUUUAUGUAUAGAUCCUGAGAAUGUUGAAUAUGUUCUAAAACAUGCAGAUCUUAAGAUCAUCAGCUCACUUCUGAAGUCCAGUCAAAGUGAUAUUGUUGCUGAAGCUAUCACAAUACUUAUUUAUCUUUAUCACAGUCAAGCAAAACCUGCAGUGGAGUGCUUAAAUGUUAUCCAAGAUAUACAGAUUUUGAAAAACUCUAACAACAAAGUAGUUUCGAAUCUCGCUAAUGUCUUCUUAGAUGAUGUAAGCAAAGAAUGCGCUAAAUCUUAAAUAUUUUCAUCAAAAGAAUUGUUGGAUCGUAACCAUGAAUAAGAUGCUAUCAAACAGGUUUCCAUAUAUUGCUGUCAAUAAUAAAAACUAUCAAAAGAUAUGCAAGAUACAUACAUCUUCGUUUAGUCGUGCUUCAUUUAAGGCUGGU